UGGAACAACUUACAAGGGCCGUUGCCUAAUACACUCAGCAAUUGUCAAAGCUUAAUAGGUCUUCGGUUUUUUUUUUCUUUUUCGAAAAGGGGGGACUCCCCGUAUAGGUCUUCAAUGGUAGCAUUCCUACAGCUAUCAGCAAAAUGCGAAGCUUGAUAUUGCUUUCUUUAGCAGAAAACACACUCUCAGGUGUGAUUCCUCGCGAGCUAGGGCUCAUGGCUGGCAUUGAAGCAAUGUAUCUUGCAUCCAAUAAAUUGUCGGGUCAGAUCCCAGAGGAUAUGGAGAACAUGACAUCAAUUUACCAUUUAGACCUGUCCUUCAACCAUCUAGUUGGCAAGGUUCCAUUACAAGGUGUGUUCAGUAAUGUGACUGGUUUUUAUUUUAUGGGAAUUUUGGGCUCUGCGGUGGCAUCUCAGAAUUACGUUUGCCCGCAUGCCCACCAGAAUACACGGAACACAGCUUACGGAUACACCAUGUCCUUCUAGCAAUAGUAAUGCCGGUUGUUGUUGGCAUCAUUAUAUGUUGUAGUUUGGCACUUAUAUUCUUCACAAUAAGAAGGAAACAAAGGGCUCAGUCCACCAGCAUGAGAGGAUUCAUAUUGGUAGAUGGAAAUUACCCUAGAGUUUCUUAUGCUGAAUUGCUCCAAGCAACAAGCUGUUUUGCAGCAGACAAUUUGAUUGGUAAAGGAAGGUAUGGAUCUGUCUAUAAGUGUGACCUGCUGCUAAAAAAUAUGAUGACCACAGUUGCUGUGAAGGUUUUUGAUCUUCAACAAUCUGGAUCCUCCAAAAGUUUUCUAGCCGAGUGUGAGGCACUAAGUAAUAUCCGCCAUCGGAAUUUGAUUAGUGUCAUCACUUGCUGCUCAAGCUCGGACUCAAACCAAAAUGACUUCAAAGCCAUUGUGUUUGAGUUCAUGCCUAAUGGGAGCCUAGACAGGUGGUUACAUCAAGAUGUACAUGCAACACAACAACUUCAAGGCUUGACACUAAUGCAGCGAUUAAAUAUUGUCGUUGAUGUUGCAGAUGCACUAGAUUACUUGCACAACUGCGAACCACCAAUAGUUCACUGUGACUUGAAGCCAAGCAACAUUCUUCUUGAUAGUGAUUUACUUGCUCGCAUUGGGGACUUCGGCCUUGCAAAGAUUCUUUUAGAUCCAGCAGCUGAGCAACAAAUUAAUUCAAAGAGCUCAGUUGGAAUAAGAGGAACAAUUGGAUAUCUCGCUCCAGAAUAUGGUGAAGGUGGUCAAGUUUCUACAUCUGGAGAUGUAUACAGCUUUGGAAGUGUCAUCCUCGAGUUGUUUACAGGCAUGGCACCGACGCAUAACAUGUUCAAAGAUGGGCUGACCUUACAGAAGUAUGCCAAGAAUGCAUUCCCAGACAUGUUAAUGAAGAUUGUUGAUCCAGCCCUACUGUCCUUUGAAGAAGCUUAUGUCAGAAGUUUGCAGGGUGGAAGCUACAAAAUGGAAGAUGUCUGCAACACCAUGUUCUCAAUCAUGGAAAUUGCAAUAUCAUGUUGCAAGCAAGCAUCAUCAGAGAGGAUGUGCAUGAGAGAUGCAGCAGCUUGGAUGCACAAGAUAAGAGAUAACCAUGUUGAAAGAAGGCAAAAUGAGCAAGUCAUUAUAACUGCAUAG